AUGGCAGAGCUCGUACUUGGGCCCCACAACGGGCUUACGAUCAACGGAACACGUCCCCGACGGCCUAAAACUCGUAAAAAAGAUAUCAACAAACCGAAACGCUCGACCGACCUCAAUGACAGGACCAAUGACAAUACCGAUUCGGAACUCACGUCAACAGCAAGCAGUGUAACCCCCGCAAUGGCGACUGCGACGUUGACGACGACAACAUUGCAGCCUACCCACAUUAUGGAUCUGGACCAAAGCAGCAGUCAACAAUGGAGGGUCGAAGCCUUACCCGACAACAAUUACCGCAUCACAAUCCACAGUGUUUCUGAUGUCACUGACUUUCUACGAGCUCUGAGUUUGUCGACGUUUAGAAGCAAUACCACCUUAUUGUCCACGGCAAGAGAACGCAACACUCGAGUCGUUGUCCCACUUCCUUAUAUUAAUUAUCAUAGUGAACUCUACGCCAAAACGAUCGCCCGGCCCAUGACGGGGUGCAGCGUUUCCGACCUGCCGACGAUCGUCAGCGACUGUGUGUUCUAUUUCAUGGAAUGCAUGAACCACUAUUACCCCAUCCGACCCAAAUCCUUGCUCAUCCCUUGGUAUAUGGCACUUGGCCCCGAUGAUCUUUGCUCAAAUCCACUUGCCCUGGCCAUUGGAGUCUACUGGUGCAGACACGUGCUCAUUCAUCACCCACCGACCAGGACCGUCAAAGACAGUCGUAUCCUGGAUGCGAUCCAACACCAAUUAUCCAAAAUGGCGCGCGACGUGCUAGGUGAUUGCUUUGACGAACCGCACGUUGACCAUCUCUUUGCGCUUUGCUUGUGCAACAUGACCGCCGCAUUUUCAAUCAAGCAAAAAACCAUUUUCCACACCAUUGCAGUUGGUAUGGCGACCGAGUUAGGCAUCGAACCUCGACAACCAGGGACGCAUCCUCACGAAGACGACGAUCAAACUGAGCUGAAAAACCGGCUGUGGUGGUACCUGUUUCAAAUCGACCAUUUUUUGCACGAAUCAGGCGCUAUACCGAGCUCGUUAUUGCGUCCUAACUCAGACGACCAUGAUGCGCUAGGUCGUUUGGUGAGACCGAUGCCCUGCUCGCUCGAUGACCCCUCUGAAGCUACAGGUGCAAGUGAAUGGGGUCAUGUUUUGGAGCUGUGGAUUACACGGCGUAAGCUUGUCAAGGAGAUCCAGCUUUCGUUGCAGGACGACGAGGCCAUGAUGGAUAAAGUCAACGCAAAGAUACAAGAAUGGAGCGUUCGCGUACCUCCAAUGCCUCCCACGAUGCUUGAAGCCCAUAUGACCAUCAACAUGGAGAAAUGCACCAACCAUGGCCUCUUGUUACAUCAUUUUUGCCCACCAGUGCCGGACCAGCAGCGGCGUCGUAAUAGCAGUGACAGUAACACUAGCCGCCCGUUAACAAGCUUGCAGCGACGCGCGAUUUUGCACAUGGUCGAGUGCUUCACUUACAUGAUUUGCUUUAGACGCAUGGUGAUGGAAUUCAAGCCAUGUCAAACGUUUCCUGGAGACUUGAAGCGCUCAAUUGAAGUGUUGGUGCUAUGUUUCAAAUACAAGGAUAUGUGGAUUCGUGACCGCGCAAAGUUCGGAUUGCUCCAAGCGCGUGAUGUACUCGCAAAUAUGGCCGAGAUACACUGGCAUGAUCCUAUAUGCGAUGACAUGGUCAGAGAUGUUGAGUCAGUUCUGUCUGAACAGUCUUGUCUGAAAGAAGAAAACGACAUUGAUUAUUAUGUUGAUGAUGAUGAUGAUGAUCACAAAGGAAAGCAAAUGCUUGGAAGAAGUCGUCGUCGUCGUCGUCGUCGCCAGAGCGAUGAUAUUUGCAGCAUGAAGUCCGAAAAGGAUGACGAUGAUGAUUUGCGGGCACGAAGCAUCAAGAUGGAGAACAAUAUGUAUUCAGGCGUCAUGAUGUUUGAUCGGGAUCUGCAGCCACGAGCACGCUAUUACAAGCCAGCAAGAACAUCAGAACCAUUGGAUGGCCUAACGAUCUUUGAAAAUGUCACUCAGUAUGCUCUUUCCUCCUCCUCCUGCUCCUCGUCAUCAUUAUCACCUUCAUCGUCUCCAACAAACAAAAACCAUCCUUCCUCUUGA